GCUACUCAGUUGUCGAUAGGAUACGAGCUAAUACCCGUUGAUAAGAUAAAAGGAGACGGUGAUGAUUUUUUGUAAAAUAAUUUUUCAACUUAAAUUAAUAUCUCAUUUGUUUAUUUAUAAGCAUAGAGGGAUCUAAUUGCGCCUGUUGUUCGCCUAUAAUUCAGGCACUUUAUUAACUAAUUUGCCUUUUAAAUUGGACAAUUGUAGGCAAGUAUCUUGUGAUGCAUUUGUGAUGGAAUCUGGUAAAGUCGAGUGAGUGCCUGAUGGUUUUAUCGUUGCAGUCGAUUAAUAUCUAUGUAAGACCUACCUGCCAUGGAACGAAAAAUAAGCAAUUUCCUUAAUUUCCUCAACAAGGGCAACACCCCUGACCCUUACCCAGGAAAAACCAUUGAACCCCAAUUGGGUUUCAAAAUUAGCUAUAGCGAGAAAUUAGGAGUUUUGAAUGUAAAAGUGAUCGGUGCUAAACAAUUACCAACUGAUUAUGGAGUUACCAAAGCAAGAGGUUACGUAGUCAAGGUAACAGUUUUUCCAAUCAAGGAAAAAUUCGAAACCAAACCGGUAACAGGCAACUGGCCCACAAUAAACGAAGAAUUCGCAUUUAGUCUUAACGUACCAGAUAAAAAACCGUCAGGAGACUGGCUAAAGGGCAAAUUUGUCUCUUUUACAAUUUACGCCACAUUGGAGGAGAGCUGUGAGGAGGAGAAACCGAACAAAUCAACCCGAAGCGGCGUAUUCCUAAAACGCUUUUUCUCGUUUGACGAAAACAGCGAGUUUUUAAGGAGGAACGUGCACAGGAGCUUCGGUAGAAGAAGUUUUAGGACCUCCAUGAAAGACCGUAGAACUAUAGGAGCAGUUACUUACAAUUUAGAGAGAAAAAAUUUUAGUCAGCAUUUAAAAGAUAACGUGAUAAGCACCCCGGAUGUGUGGAGGAGCGUUAAGGAAAUUGCCAGUGGGAUACAGACACAACCAAGGGAAGGUAAGAAGGGCUCUAUAGAACUUACCCUACAAUACGCGGUAAGCGAGGAUGGGCGAAACGACGUAGUCGAAGUAACCGUAACGAAAUUUAGAUGUAGCUUACAAACGAUGCAGGAGCAUGAAAGAGUUGGAGGCCAGCUAUACAUAAAAAUCAACGCGUACGAGAGCGACGACAUCAUCCAAAAAACAAAGAGCGACAGGUUCAAUCCGACCAUCAGCUUAAAAAUGGAAGCUAACUCAGCUACACUCAGAGCCACAGUGAACAAUUAUAUGCUGAAUAAAGUGAAAAUAGUGAUUAGGUUAUUAUCCAGGAAUAUUUUAGGGAAAAAGACUUUAUUAGGGAAAAUCGAGAUCAAUAGGGACGAAGCUUUUUGGAAAGAGAUCGUGGCGACACCUGGCGUUCCUGUCACUAAAAUGGUGAAUUUUGAGUAGCUAGAAAACAUGUAUUUAUUUAUAAAUGAGUUAUGAGAGGCUUUGUAUGAACUUAAAGUGGAUAUUAACAUUAUUUUUUAUUAAAAGUUAUAAAAAGGG